UGGGGAAGCAUUGCCGGCGGGGAUUAGCGCCGUUGCCAUCCCUAACCCAAACACUAUCGCUGCGCCUCACGUGUCCAUGAGCACCCCAAGAAUGGCCUCCCCCUCCUCGCCGCCGCCACCCGCCGCCGUCGCCGCCUACCGACCCUUUUCCUUCCGGCUGUCCCUGGAAUAUCCCAAGCCCCACCGCCGUCGCCUCGCUGCUGCCGCAGCCGCGUCAAGGUGGGCAAACCGCAGGUCCCCAUCCGAGCGGCGCGGUGGAGCGGGCUCCAUCUGGGUCAACCCGAGCGCGCCGGCCCGCCCCGGCGUGGCCAACGGGACGCUCCGCCGCCUAGUCCAGCUCGACGACCUCGACGCCGCGCUGCGGCUCCUCGGUUCCAUGCCGCCCUCGGAGCCGCCGGCUGUCAUCACCUGCAACAUCCUUAUCAAGAAGCUCUGCGCCCACCACCGCCUCGCCGACGCGGAGCGCGUGCUCGAGGUGCUGAAGGCAUCCGGCGCCGCCGACGCCGUCUCCCACAACACGCUCGUCGCCGGGUACUGCCGCGACGGCUGGCUCGCUGACGCGGAGCGCGUGCUCGAGGUGGCCAGGACCUCCGGCGCCGCCAACGUCGUCACCUACACCGCCCUGAUAGACGGGUACUGUCGCUCCGGCCGCCUCGCCGACGCCCUGCGCCUCAUCGCCUCCAUGCCCGUGGCGCCGGAUGCCUACACCUACAACACCGUGUUGAAAGGCUUGUGCGGUGCUAAGAAGUGGGAGAAGGCUGAGGAGCUCAUGGCAGAGAUGAUCCGGAACGAUUGCCAUCCGAAUGAAGUGACAUUCGCCACACAGAUCCGUUCUUUCUGCCAAAAUGGAUUGAUUGACCGUGCUGUGGAACUUCUUGAGCAAAUGCCGAAGUAUGGAUGCACACCUGAUGUUGUCAUUUACAGUACUCUGAUCAAUGGAUUUUCAGAGCAUGGACGUUUUGAUGAUGCACUAAAGCUAUUAAACACCAUGUUAUGCAAGCCUAACACGGUUUGUUACAACGCCGCGUUGAAGGGUUUGUGUAUCGCUGGACAGUGGGAGGAAGUUGGGGAGCUGAUAGCCGAGAUGGUUAGGAAAGAUUGCCCACCAAAUGAUGCGACGUUUAGUACGCUGAUCAAUUCCUUGUGCCAUAAUGGGUUAGUUGAGUGUGCAAUUGAAGUUCUUGAGCAAAUGCAGAAGUAUGACUACAUGCCUGAUGUCGUCAGUUACAACACAAUCAUUAGCUGUUUUUCUGAACAAGGGCGUGUAGAUGAUGCCCUCAAGUUACUAGAAAGCAUGCUAUGCAAGCCUAACACCAUUAGCUUCAAUGCUGUGUUGAAGGGUUUAUGUAGAGCUGAGCGAUGGUGUGAUGCCACGGAGCUUAUAGCUAAGAUGUUUAAGAAGGAUUGCCCUCUAAUUGAAAUGACCUUUAACAUACUCAUUGAUUCGUUAUGCCAAAAUGGUCUGGUCAACGAUGCAAUUGAAGUGUUUGAGCAAAUGCCAAAGUACGGAUGUACACCUGAUAUUGUCACAUACAGUAGCCUUAUUAAUGGAUUUUCUGAACAAGGACUUGAGGAAGUAGCGAUUGAUUUAUUUAGAAGCAUGCCAUGCAAGGCUGAUAUCUUUAGCUACAAUGCUGUGUUGAAGGGUUUGUGUAUGGCUGCACAAUGGGAGGAUGCUGGGGAGUUUAUAACUGAUAUGUUCAAAAAGGAUUGCGCCCCAAAUGAAGUUACAUUCAAUAUACUAAUCAAUUCCUUGUGCCAAAAAGGACUGGUUGAUUGUGCAAUUGAGGUUUCUGUGCAAAUGCCCAAGUAUGGAAUUACACCUGAUAUUUUCACAUAUAAUGCCCUUAUCAACGGCUUUUCUGAACAAGGCCGUUUGGAUGAUGCCCUCAACUUAUUGAGCACCAUGUCUUGUGAGCCUGACACCAUUUCCUAUAAUUCUUUAUUAAAGGGUUUGUGUAGGGCUGAGCAAUGGAAAGAUGCAGAGAAGCUUGUUACUGAGAUGCUUAGAAAGAACUGCACUCCAAAUGAAGUCACAUUCAAAUAUGCUAAUCAAUUGUUUAUGCCAAAUAGGAUUGGUUGAAUGCACAACUCAAUUCCUUGUGCAGAUGCCAAAGUACGGCUGUGUGCCUUUCGUCAUGCACGCUGUUGCCUUCAUUGAUUGCUUUUCUUAGCAGAGGUCUGGAUGAUGCUGUGAGUUACAAAGUUGCAUAGUUGUGCAAGCCUAGCACAAUUUGGCAUCAUGCUGCAUUGAAGGCCUUCUGCAGAAAUGAGCAACAUGAGAAUGUCCAAGUUUUUUAUCUGGCAUCAGCAAUGAGAGCAUGCCCAUGAGUUUUCAGUUGUGAUGGACCGAAAUGAGCAGCUCCAAAAUGAAGUGAUACUCGGUGAAGUAGUAUGCAUCGCUUGAAUCUGAAACUGAAGUUCAUUAGCAAAUGGCUGGACAAGGUUUUGUAGAUGAUGCGUGCAAGAUAUAAUUUCAAUGGUUUUAUGUAACAGUAAAUAUGGAAGAAUGUUCGUGAUCUCAUGUCCAAGAUAGCUUGAAAGGAUUGUAAAGAUGCAAGUAUUUUACCCAGUUUGCAUUCUAUGCACUGAUCAGGUUUUAUUCCAUCAAUAAAGCACAUUCUGUGUCGAUGGAUCAGAGUUCAGAAGGAUCUUUGCUCGGCCUCAUGCAUGCCUUCUAUUCAGUUGUAUCAUAUGUGCAAAAAAUUAUCUGUUUGAUAGAACUCCCUGCAACAUCCGAGGGAUACUAAGAUUUGCAAUGUAAAAGCAUGUGCAUUAAGGCCAAAAGGAAAAGAUGUCUUCGAUCUACUGGAAGGUGUGAAAUUGGCGUAGAAUACUCAAAUGAGCAUGCUAUGUAGGAGACUGUAGUCUUAUUGUGCAUGCAUUUUUAUGUCUUCUGUAACCCUGCUAAGAUCAUGCUGCUUAUUCAAUUCGUUUGAUGAGCUUCGAAUGCAAUUUAAACCGUAUAUAC